AUGGAAUUCUUUCUCCAGCUUGCGGCCGAGAGGUCUGUCGUCCGUGAGUCUAUCAAGGGUGUAAUAUGGACCAUUUUCUUCCAUCGACUCUUCGGCCCCAUAACUCCAGUGACAAACGAAUUCCUCAACACCACGUAUCCAAUGGCAGCGAACUUGCCAGACUUGGAUUCCUUAAUAGACGAGAAGAUCAGCAGACUCAUUCGACAGUUUGAUUCGGUGAACGCCAAAACAGGACGCAUAGUUAUCAAAUUCCUAGAUAAGAAUAAGUCGAAGUCAAAGAAAAAGACCGGCUGGUUUGCUAAAGCAGACAGUCCUGAAGACGAAGUCAAGGUGUGGGAAGUAUGGAUAUUAACAGUAACGUGCAUUCCGCUAGAGGAACCGAGAGAUAGCAAUACCAGUAACAGCAGCAACAGCAACAACAGCAAUAGCAAUAACAACAAUACUAGCAACAAUACUAUCGAGAUUUCCAUCCGGAGUUUCGACGAAAACCUCAAUAAGAUUAUAGAUAUCGCUGAUACCCACAAAGACCACAUUCCGCCCAUCAUGACGUUGGAUAGCUCUCCGUUCCCAUAUGUAAUUGAAGUAGGGCAACCCACCAGCAAAGAAGGUGAAGAGCACGAUGAGAGCUGGGGUGAAUAUAUCAAAAAAAUGCUGACUCGGUUCAAUGAGAUAUGA